CUCCUCACUAACAGAAGUCAGUUCACUGUUGAAAACAGCCUCGCGCUCGGACACGGAAGUGACGCCGCUCUAGAAUCCCCCCGUACUUCCGAUCUUCAGCUCUGCUGCGACUCAUCUAGCGAACGGAUCGGACCUCUGUCCCAAUAUCUCUCUUCAGCCAGCGUCGAGUGGCGGCCCGACGCGGUCCCGCAGUAUUUUUUUCUCUGUCUGAGCUCAUCCCUUGCUCCGGUUCCUCAUGAGUGACGGGGAGUGUGAUUUCUUCUGCUUUUUUCGGUGCUGCUAAAAGCCACAGGGCCCCCUGGGAUUCUCGAUCCAGUUGGGGGUGGAGAGGAGCAGCUCAGUAGCUGCUGAUUAGUGGAGAGCAGCUGUCAGUCAGGGAAAGGUCGGGCCCAGAGGGCUAUGUCUGUGGAUAUGAGUAGCCAAGCCUCAGACAGUAACGAGGAAUUUGAAGAUGAUGAAGACAUCGUAGAGGGCGACAUCCCUGAUUAUUAUGAUGGACUUGAUGAUGACGUGGCGAUAGAAGAACCGUUUGACCCGGAAGAAUACCAGUUCAAUUGCUUGACGUACAGGGAAAGCCAGAGGGUACUAACUGAGGAAGUCAACAAUGUAGCCACUGCCCUAAAGGUGUCACCAGCUGUAGCCAAACUGGUCCUUGUACAUUUUCACUGGCAAGUGUCACAAAUACUCGAAAGGUAUAAGUCCAAUUCCUCUCAGUUGCUAUGUGAAGCCCAUGCUCAGCCCACAAGCCUCUGCAGAUCUCUCACUGCCGGAACGUCACAGCAGUGUGGGGUGUGUCUGCAGCUGGUCCGGAGAGACGCUCUCCUCGCUCUACCCUGUCAGCACUCCUUCUGCAAGGCAUGCUGGGAGCAGCACUGCACUGUACUUGUCAAAGAUGGCGUGGGAGUUGAGAUCUCCUGCAUGGCGCAGGAAUGCUCUCUUCGCAUGCCAGAUGAUUUUGUUCUUCCUCUGCUGCCCAGCGAGGAACUGAAAGACAAAUACAGACGCUACCUCUUCAGGGACUAUGUGGAGAGUCAUUUCCAGCUGCAGUUGUGUCCUGGUGCCGACUGUCCAAUAGUUAUACAGGUGCAGAAACCUCGAGCUCGUAGAGUCCAGUGCAGCCGCUGCGAAGAAGUCUUCUGUUUCAAGUGCAGACAGAUGUACCAUGCACCCACAGACUGUGCUACCAUCCGCAAAUGGCUGACCAAAUGUGCAGAUGACUCUGAGACAGCCAACUACAUCAGUGCACACACUAAAGACUGCCCUAAGUGCAAUAUCUGCAUUGAGAAGAAUGGAGGGUGCAACCACAUGCAAUGCUCAAAGUGUAAACAUGACUUCUGCUGGAUGUGUCUGGGAGAUUGGAAGACUCAUGGCAGCGAGUACUACGAGUGCAGUCGCUACAAAGAGAACCCUGACAUCGUGAAUCAGAGCCAGCAGGCCCAGGCCAGAGAGGCCCUCAAAAAAUACCUGUUCUACUUUGAGAGGUGGGAGAACCACAAUAAGAGCUUGCAGCUGGAGGCACAGACAUACCAGCGGAUCCAGGAGAAGAUUCAGGAGCGAGUCAUGAAUAACCUGGGCACCUGGAUUGACUGGCAGUACCUGCAGAAUGCUGCCAAGCUACUGGCCAAGUGUCGUUACACGCUGCAGUACACUUAUCCUUAUGCCUACUACAUGGAGUCUGGACCCCGCAAAAAACUGUUUGAGUAUCAGCAAGCGCAGCUGGAGGCGGAGAUCGAGAACUUGUCAUGGAAAGUGGAGAGAGCAGACACUUAUGAGAGAGGAGAGCCGAGUGCUAACGAUAGAGGGGAUCUGGAGAAUCAGAUGCACAUUGCUGAGCAGAAGAGACGGACGCUGCUGAAGGAUUUCCAUGACACCUGAACAUCCGUCCAUCAAAUCCACAUCGAGUUCACUCUUCUCUCAACUGUCUUGGUCCCUUCUCUCCAAAGAUACCCCUCCACUUUUUUUGUCAAAACUCUACUCUGCAUCUCAUAACGUUUUGUCCAUCUCCUUUGUUUUUCACAUUUAUAGCAUCUCUUUUCAAAGCGUUUUCCCCCUUUUGUUCAUUCUUUCCUUCAUCGGUGCCCCUUUUUUGCUUUCUAAUCUUUACUCUGCUGCAGGGUUUGAGAAUAGCAUGAUUAUGUUCAAGGAUUCACAUACGCAAACAUUGCAUUCUCACAUCCCCACAUCAGCUGACAUUACACACACACACACACAUGCACACGCACACUCUCACACUCAAAACACUCCACCAAAACGGUCUAACUCUUUUCUUCCUCCAUCAUUGCUCCUGCCAUAACUUUUGCCUUCUUUCCUUCUCACUCUUGCUUUCUUCUCAUGUUUUUUUUUUUCUUCCUUGGAAAUGGCUGUUGAUAGUUAGAUCAUUUAAAAAAAAAAAACUGAAAAAAAGAUGAAAAACAAAUGAUGCUGUAAUUUUCAACGGUUGUACAUUAAUACAGAAAUAGAGUUACUGAGAGAAAGUUUUUAAACCAGA